GCUGAUUGCGCGACGGUGCAGCAAUGGGGAAACUGCUGAAAGUGACGCUCGUUGGCAUCCUGCUGGCCUUUGUAGGGGAGAGGAUCGUGCAGUUUUGCCAUCGAGCAAACAUCUUUAGAAAAGUAGAUCCAGUAGAUCUUCCUAAUUGUCAGCUUUUAAAAGGAAUUGAAUUUGGAUCUGAAGAUAUUGAGAUCCUUCCAAAUGGGCUGGCAUUUAUUAGCUCUGGUUUGAAAUAUCCUGGCGUCAUUAGCUUUCAGCCUGACAAACCGGGAGAAAUCUUUCUGUUGGAUCUGAAUGAUGAAAAGCUACAGCCGGUUUCAUUGCGUUUCAGUAGAGGAUUUGACUAUUCCACGUUUAACCCUCAUGGAAUGAGCAUCUACAUAGAUCCAAAAGAUGAUACUGUUUAUCUGUUUGUGGUGAAUCAUCCUCACUAUAAAACCACUAUUGAGCUGUUUAAGUUUGAAGAAGAGGAAAAUGUUCUUUUGCACUUGAAAACCAUUAAACAUGAUUUACUGUGGAGUGCAAAUGAUAUUGUUGCUGUUGGACCCGAAAGCUUUUAUGCCACCAACGAUUUAUACUUCACAGACUUCACCAUGAAACAUCUGGAGAUGUUUCUGGGAAUUGCUUGGUCAAAUGUCGUCUAUUACAGUCCCGGUGAAGUGAAACAAGUGUCAUCAGGAUAUCACUGCGCCAAUGGAAUAGCAAUGUCAACAGAUAAUAAGUAUAUCUAUGUUGCGGAUGUAAUGGGCCACACAAUUACCAUGAUGGAAAAGCAAGCAGAUUGGUCAUUGAGUCCAGUAAAGGUCCUGCAAUUAGAUACGCUUUUGGACAACCUGUUCGUAGACCCAAAUACAGGAGAUAUUUGGACCGGAGGCCACCCAAAUGGCUGGAAGUUGUUUUCUUAUAAUUCUGAUGAUCUUCCUGGAUCUGAGGUUAUCCGUGUACAGAAUAUUCAUUCGGAUAAUCCUAUAGUGACUCAAGUCUAUGUGAACAAUGGUUCUGUAAUCCAGGCCUCAUCCUCUGCUGGAGUCUACGAGGGAAAACUGCUGAUCGGCACAGUGUUCCACAAAGCUUUGUGCUGUAAGCUUAGUUAGCUUCUUACCCAGGGGCAUUUCAGGGGCUGCUGCUGCCUGCCACCCCCUCCCGCUCCGCGCUUCUAACUUCUAGCGUCGGAACGGGGGCUGCAUCGUUAGUGCAACGACCGCUAUUGCACUUGUUGCUCUAGCAGAACCGAAUUUCCAUUUUUAAAAACAGAAAUUCAGCUCUUAAAAGUUACCAGAGGCGGCUUUUUGCCGCCUCUGGUAACUGGCUGCUCCGUGACGCCUGAGAAAGCAGCAGCCCUGUUCUUACCAACUGGAGGAGCAGCAGCACAAGCAACUAAACAAUCCAAUGGAUUUCUAUCUGUGAAAAUAACUUAAUUAUUCAAAUUGUGUAAAGUUUGUAACAAGGCAGAAUAAACCACUGGGCAACACUUCCUAUCGGAUGGAUUACCUUGAAAAUUGAAAUAAUACUGGUUAAAGGGGAACUAUAGUGCAUACUGAAGUAAGAAACUUUCUAAAUACAAUCAAUAAAAAUUCUGACUUGUUUCUGAAAUAAUCAAGUUUAUAUUCACUAUUCCUCUCUCAGCAUCUGUUUCUCUUCAUUCUGUCUUCAUUCAGGAGUUGGGUGUCAGAUAUUCAUUGACAGUUAGAUCCAAUAUAUCUUAUAGGGGAGCGUCCUUUCCUAGCAGAUGUAUUGGAGCUCAUUCAAAUAACUGAUUCCAGUACAAACAAAAUCUAACAAAAUAACUGCCUUUUACACACAUUCUGCAUGUAGAGAGACAGGAUUUCUGGUGACUUAAAUAGAGUGAGCUCUAAUACAUCUUCUAGGCAAAAGGAGCCCCCCUAUAAGAUAUAUUGGAUCAUUCAUCCUGAGUGAAGACAGAAUGAGGAGAAACAGAUGCUGAGAGAGGAAUGGUGAACAUAAGCUUGAUUAUUUCAGAAACGGUACAGAGGUUUCAAUUGAUUGUAUUUUGAAAGUUUCUUAUUUCAGUAUGAUGAUGCUUACAUUACAUUUUUGCAAUAGUUCCCCUUCAAGGUGAUAAAUAGAACAACAGACAUUAUAACUAAUAAUUUCUACAUCAUCCAAAUCCUUAUGCAAAAGCAAAUAAAUUCAGUUUUUAUGACUUGAUCCUUAAUAACAUGCAGUCAGUCUAUCGUGUUCUGUACAUCGCCGUUAGUCAAUGCACAGUGUCUGGGAAUGAAAAUUUCAAAUUAAUCAACAGAAUUCAGAUUGAUUUUCGAUGAUUCACAUCCAUUUUACAAAUCAUCUUCCCACACUGCAGCACUCUCAUUUUACAGAGGAUGUAUACCCCUGUGGUCAACAAAUAGGAAUUAUAUUUUAGCCCUAGUGUUUUUAUUAGGUAAGUGAUUUUUGGUAUUUCUUCAACUAAACAUUGAAAAUGGAACUUCUUUCAGUUUCUAAUUUCCUGUUUCUUGGAGCAAUUGUGGGAGAAUGCGGUUUAUCACAUUAACAGUGCACCUGUUGCCUAUCAGUAUGACCUGCUCUUUAUAGUAAAUGUCCUGCUCUUUAUAAUAAAAAAAUCUGAAAAUA